AUGGAGACGCGAGAGGCUUCCUUGGCUACCGGCUUACACCCUGUAGAGCUUUGUGUAUAUUCUGUACUCUCCAAUGAUCUGGACGGUAUAUAUAAGUCUGUAAACGAUUUGAGAGAGUCUCAGGCCUUACUUCUAGUCAAGCUAAGGCAGUUGAAGAGCUCGUUGAAAGAAGAACAAGAUUUCUACAGUGAAGAAGAUGGGUUUAGGGAAGAAAUUCUUCGAUUAAAAGAUCUGAAGACACGGGCGGAUGCAUUGGUGAAAACUUACAAAGCGCUGUCUGAUGCUUAG